GGAAAUACCUAAUAUUUUGCUUUUGUGAAUUGUGGCAAAUUUUGAGUUAUUUUUCUUACUCAUUAUUAUUUAAUGUCUGAUUCAUGUUUGAACUGUGUUUCAAGUGGAAGAACGUUUAAUUGGUAUAAAAAGAAUUGCAUAAUCUUUUAGAUUUUCUUGUAUUGAAUUUUCAAUGACUGUGACCGUAAAGUAAUGGGAGAGAGUUCGUCCGGAAUAACAGGUUUAAAGUUUGAUGCGCAUGUUGCCCUUUUGAAGUAAAUAUAGUAGGUGAUUGCUAUUUUUUGUAACACAUUCUGGAUAACCUCUCUACUCCAGUAACAACUAUAUGGAACCACAAAGGUAUGGCACCACUUUCUGUAUUUUAAUAAUAUAACCCUUAUAUGUUUCUCUUUCAGCAUUACUGCGAAUUUAGUUAUUGUUUGCGUUGCGCCGAGGAUCUCGUUUAAAGUAAAGCGAAUUUCGGUAUUAUUGUAUGGCCUCGUUUCGGUUUUCCGUGAAGUUCGUGGAGCUAAGUGACUGUAAGAACAGUCGAUCUCUAAUUAAUUCCGGGACGUGGAAAUUUCGGAUUUGUUUGCUGAAUUGUAGAGUAAUUCGGCGUCAGAUCUUCAAGCAUCGGGUGACCACACUUGGAUUUGUCCAAGAAAUGGAGAUCCUCAAGAAAGAAGAAUGCAAACUAAAAGAUAAGUAUUUUUCAUGAAGGACAUUUAUUUCUGUAUUUGAUACAUAUCGUAGAAUCAUGUAAAGGCCGUUUAAUUUUAAAAGUCGUAUGAGGAUUUUGUAAAGCGUAAGUUGCCGAUAUGUGGAAUCUAAAUUGCAUUUUACUCCCUUGUUAAGUAACCACUAUGAAUGAACAGUUGAGUAUUAUACACGUCUAACUUGUCGCAAAUUUUCAUUAAAUGAAAGCUUUUGAUAGUAAAACAUGAAUCGCAAUUCGUAUUAAUGAAAUUUUCUUCCUUGUCUCUGUGUAGAUUUCAUCUGCUCUUCGCAAAUGUUUUGCCGUUCCUAAUCCAGUUAUCCAGCUGCGACUUAAGAGUUCAGUGAGUUUGUAUGGCUUAAUUCAGGCGUCUUCAGUCCGUUGGUUUAGGAAUUUAAAUUUUGCACAUGGGUGUGACAUGACGGUCCGCACGCAUACUGAUCAGACGAGGGUCAUCAUUUUCAAGAGCAAGAUGAAGGAAUUCAAACAUGGGAUACCAGCAACUGCUGUUGUGUUGUUCCUCAUCAUCCUUACCACACAGGUUAUGCAGCACCACAGAAAUGCGAGCAACGAGAGGAUCCUGUCCCGCCAAAAGAGGCUCCUCUUCUUCACUUCCAACAGGCUUCUUCGGCUGCCUCCCUCGACCGUGCUGGCCAUAACGUUCACCUUCAACACGCCCUUCUUGAACGACCUGCCCACUGGUUAUGGCACCAAUAUGCUCUUCAGCAUACCUUUAGUUAUAAGUUUUGAUGACAAGGGACUGACGUCAGACGAGAACCCUUUUGGCUUGUGGCCUUUCAGAAAAAAGCGUGACCUACCCAACUUCAGGCAUUUUCCAGAGUACGGGCACGUUCCCAAUGACGUGCCCGUCGUUGACCUCUCCAACGGAGAAAGGAGUGUUGUGUAUCAAGUGUUGGAAGGCGUGUUACACAAUAUGGGUCUAGAGGGCUCGCCUUGUUUGCACCGGGCUAUCUGCGAAUACUACCAGGAUCCGCUGAAAUAUCACGGCUUUUUUGGUGAAAUGCUCGAGUUGCUCUUCAGCCCCAGCAACUCCAAAGACGCCCACAUACACCUGGCGGAAUAUGUCGCUGCAGAGAAGAUGGGGAAAGCGACUAAGAAGUGCGACGUCUACGAGAAGCUCUGUCCCCGAUCCUUAUAUAAGAAUGGAACUGCAGAGCACAUUGGCGUAGACGCCAAGGACCGCCAGAAACGUUUCAUCUACUUCACACGUGACAGGCGACUGACCUUCCCUCCCUCCUCCACCUUCUUCGUGACCUUUAGUCUGUCUCUGCCCUCUGGGCGUCUGUUGAACCCAGGCUAUGGUUCGGGAUUAUCGGUAUCUCUUCCUGUUGGAGUCAGCUUGCAAGACGUAGGGCUGACAACACCUGACCAUCCUUUUGCUGACUUCAAUAACUUCACGUUCCUGGACGAGCUUAUUCGGGGGAGGCGCGAAGUCGGCGAAGAGGCCCACGGAAUCAACUGGGCCGGAGGCGACAGGGAGGUAAUGUACACCGUUGUACAGAAUACUCUGGAGAGCAUUGGUAUGAACGGGAAAGUUUGUUUGCUGAGAGCCAUCUGCGAGAUUUUUCAAGCACCACUCGAUCGAUACGGUAUUUUUGGAGAAGCCUUGGAGAUAUUCUUAAGCCCGAGUCUGUCGCCGUACGCAGAAUUCCGUCUGGACGACUACCUGGAGGCUGAGUUGGUGGGAAGGUCUACGGGAGUGUGUCUGGAUUAUCACGAGCGCUGUCCGCACUCAUUGUUCAAAGACGCCAAUGACGAACCUGAGCAUCCCAUGGACAUCAUAGACUCUUUAGUGUCUCUGAUAAAACACAGAUGGACGUGAUGACGCCUCGACCCCUCCCCGUGACUGGAAGACUAACUCUGACGCAGGUGGAGUAGAGAUGGUGUAGGUUCUUGAGCGCUCCGAUCGCGCGAUCGAGCUUAUUUGUGACUGACGCCAACCUAUGACAGUGGACGGAAUAAGAUUCUUCUUUUUUGACUAUAUAUA